AUGGCGGAGGCACGCGAGGAGGCCAAGAUGGGCAAGGAGAGAGACGCCGCGCCGGCGAUGAUGUGUUCAACCAGCUGCGACCGCAGGGCAGCGCAACCGCACGAUGAGAGCGAGGCGCACAUCGACGACUCCAUCCAGGACAAGAAUCUGUCGUGCUCCCUCUGGGCCGCGGCGGGCGAGUGCACGCGGAAUCCAAAGUACAUGAAGGACCAGUGCGCGAGGUCGUGCGCGAAAUACAUGGCGGAGCUUCGCGCGAUGCCCGAUUCAUGA